ACAUCAUAACCAAAAUAUCGAUGUUCGAUCAUCUCGCAAGAAUGUUUUCUCAAAUAGCUUUCUCUUGAUUUCGCGGGGGAGUAUGUAUUUUGCGUAUUAUGACUUUCCAGCGUUUCCUUUUGAAAAAUGUUUACUUCAGUAGCUAUCAGACGCCGGUUAUGAUAGCUGGCUAACGUUAGCUAGUUAACCUAGCUGAUCGCUAGCAGCACAAAGAAGUGUUCAAUGCUUUGUGGUGCUAUGACUCGAGCAUGGUGAGGAGAGUGUUUCCCAUGUUGCAUUAGUGGAAGUGUGACAUGCUGGCCUGUCUGCCAGCAUCAUCAGGUGACCCUACAACCCGAUUUCUCUCCCACACGCAGAUGAACACUGGACUUCAGCAAUGGGACACUACACAGAAGAUGAGAUCUGCCAACUAUCCAACCCCAGCAGAAUUAGAUGCCUUUGCUAAGAAAGUCGCCAACAAGCCUCUGACCAUAAAGAUCUUCCCCAACAGUGUCAAAGUACCUCAGAGAAAGCACAUCCGCCGCACAGUGAACGGGUUGGACACGUCCAGCCAGCGCCACAGCCCCUACCAGUCUCAGGUCAGCAGCACCAGAGCGGGCCUCCUAGCCGUCCUCCGCACUUCGACCGGGAAAAGCACCCUCAAAGACACAGACGGCAGCCAAGCCCAUCUGCUUCCCAAAGCAGCCAUGAACCUCCACAGCGGGUCGCACGUCACUCAAAGCUCUUUAAAUCUCCCCGAGCCUGUCCCCCACCUCCAGGGCAUGUCCCAAACCCAACACCAGGCAUUGAACCAGAAACAGGGCCUCCCCCACCCACAUCCACAGCAUGCUGUACAGCAGCACAACAUGGCUCAUCGUGUGACUUCACAGCCACAUAUUCCUCAACCUCAACCUAAAACUUUACAGCAACAAAACAUGGCCCACCCUCAAACUUUACAGCAACAGAACAUGGCCCACCCUCAAACUUUACAGCGGCAACCAAGCUUGUCCCAGCUGCAAACUGUACAGCAGCAACAGCAGAAUCUGGCGCACCCCCAGAAUAUCCAGCGGCAGCAAAGUUUGCCUCACACGCAGACUUUACGACAGCAAGAUCAGACUCGGCCACAAACCUUACAGCAGCAGCAUCUUUUUCAUCCUCAGACGCUGCAGCACCAGACUCUUCCUCACCAACAAGCUUUAGUACAGCAGGCUGUGGCUCAGGCUCAAGGUCUCCGGCACCUGCCUGACUUAGCCCAGGCCCAGCCUCCACCUAGUCUGCAACAUUCCCAGGGCAUGCAGCACCCCCAGAGCCUGUCACAGCCUCUCCCCCAGGGCAUCCGGCACCAGCCUGACGUAGCCCAGUCCCAGCCUCCACCCAGUCUGCAACAUUCCCAGGGCCUCCCCCCAUCUCAGCAGUUCCCCCAGGCCUCCGGUGCCGGCCCUGGCCCUCACUCUGCCCUGCAGCCCCAGCCAGGCCCCCCCUAUGGCCCCAGGAAGCUGCCAGACGCAGACGUCCCGCCAAACGUAACUGUAUCUACCUCCACCAUCCCGCUAUCCAUGGCGGCCUGCCUGCACCACAACCGGCCGGGCACAGACCUGAGUAGCAUCGUGCACCAGAUCAACCAGUUCUGUCAGGCUCGGGCCGGAAUGGGUGCCACCUCGGUGUGUGAGGGCCAGAUUGCCAACCCCAGCCCCAUCAGCCGUAACCUUCUCAUCAAUGCCAGCUCCAGGGUCAACACACCCCACAAUCUGGACCUCCUUCCCUCCUGCCUGCUGGGCCCCACAGAGAAGGCCCCUGAAGAGUCCCAGGGCCCUGCUGGUGGCCUACAGCCCAACAUAGCUGUCAUGAACAGGUUGCCACCUGCUUUCCACACUGACAUAAAGCAGCAGUUACAGCAGCAGCAAUUACAGCAGUUACAACAGGUUCACCAGCAACAACAACAUAAUCAGGUACAGCAGCUCCAACAGGUUCACCAGCAGCAACAGCUACAACAUCAGUUACAGCAGCAACUCCAACAGCAGCAACUCCAACAGCAACACUCCUGGAACCAGCACCAGCUGGCUCACAUGCAGCACCUGCCCGAGGGAACCAACCCCAGCAAGAACCCCAGGAGAGAAAUCCCCUCUGGGCCUGUCUACACUGCCAAGACCCUCAACUAUCCCCACGUGCUGCUGGCCUCGCAGCCACAAGCUUUCUACCUUAAACACCCAUCAGACAAGACAACCCCCUCGUCCUCCGUAACCGGCCCACCGGGUGGCACCAUGCCCAGCUACACCAACGGGUGCUACCUGCAGGCUCCAUGGGGCAGUGUCCUACAAGCAGGCAAAAGUGAUGGUCUUGGCCCUCUGGAUUUGGCCUUCCAGGGGGGCCCGUCAGGGGCCUCCAUAGACUGCAGCACACCAGGAUCACAGUACCGACCAGGAGCCAGACCCGGGUUCCCAGGUUCGGGUCAGACCAAGCUGAUGAAGCAGAACGUGUCUGAUUACCUGGCUGGGGAUUUCCAGGCAUUCCAGCAUAACCCAGGUGCCAUGGGGAAGAUGCACAGGCCCCCCAUGAGUAGAGCUCUAGCCCAGGGCCCAGAGUUAGGCAACGGUAGAAAUAUCCCCGCUCAUCACCCAGGCUAUAGAUAGAUAGCAGUCUUCACCUCACCAGUUGUGUGUCAUGGUUGGUGAAUGAUUCAAGAUUAUAAUCAGGUGUCCACAUGUUGUAGAGUUCUUGCAAGUGAUCAAUUGAAUGUUCUCCCUAGUCGGUUGCUCCUGCUCUCAAUGUUUAAUCACUGACUUAUGUGUUUUAAAAGUAGGUCCUUAGCCCUUAAAGGUAUCUGUUAAACCUUAGUGCCAGAUGAAGGGUUUUUGAUUGUUAUUCUAAUGAUGAAGAAUACUUACUCAUACCACAACAUGGACAUCUGCUUCUUGUAGUAUUUUCUGGAAUACUCUAUUGUUAUCUAGGACUAAGUAGAGAACCUAGUAGAGCUACUUCCUUUCCACAUAAUAAUUACCAUAGUUAUCCCCAGGUUGUCAUGGAACCAACCACGCCCUUUUACAACAUUAGUGGCCUAAUAGCUGCCAAUGCAGCGGCUGAAAAUGGGGUGUUAUUUCCUGGCCUAUGUUUACAUUUGAAUGGGUAUUUUUGUAUGCUAAUAUGAAUCAGGUUCAUGUCUGAGUAUAUUCUUACUUCAAUCUCUCCCCAUUUUGUCCUGUCCUCUUGUGUGUGAUAAGACCUUAACAGAGUACUUUUGAAGUCGUUUUUAGUUUUUUUUUUUUUUAUCCCUACUUUGUUCUGUUACUUAAGUUAAAUUGUCUCUACUUGAAUUUCUCCAGUGACGCUUUCAGUAUGAGGACUUAGAGAAUCGAAAUGUCAUGCUAAACAUUUACAAAAGGAACAAAACCUCCCUUUGGGAAAAACAUUGUCUUUUGAAUAAUGUGAACCCAGUAGGAUCAAUCCCCUGAUCUUGAAAGGAAUUGUCUGUGUUUGCUUAGACCAAAUUGCAAGUCACUUGCAAGUACAACCGAACAUACCGGAGGGUUAAAAUAUUUAUUUGUUUCACCACUAUACUACUGUAAACAAGUGAAUGGAUUCCUUGUGGAUCUUUACCUGUCUGGGGGUUCUGGUAAGCUGAGGGGUAUCCUACGAAGCAGGUUUGAAGAGUUAGCGAGCUAACUUUUGUCAACUGAGUCUUAAUGAAAAGUAUGGCAUUCGACUAGCCAUGUGCAACGUGCAGUUACAAGCCUGCUAGAAUUAGUGUCGUUACUGUCGUAGUACGGCUAAAGACUGAGCUUGAAUGUGACGCUAACAGAAGCUGGUUUGCUUCAGAAAACAGAUCUAGCUUGCUUAUUGGGAUACCUCUUUUCCUUCACUUGCUAGCCUAACCCCAACUGUAUUGUCUCUCUACUACCUAGAAAGGAGAACCGAGGUUCAGUCCAGUUAUUUUAUAUGCAGGUUACCUCCUCAUGCUUGUAGAUGGGUCUAGCCAUAGAAAUAUAAUUACGUCUAAGUAAUGAUAUUUCUAUGGGUCUAGCAUGCUGUGUUUUUCCUCAGUUUAAUUUGGCUUACUCUUUCCUCCUCCCUAAUAACUCUUGGGGAAAAAAGCCUUAAACGUUAUAUUAGUUACCUUCUACCUUAAAUGUUGACUUUUUACACCAUGCCGGAUUUCCGUAAACAGUGCGUGGUGUCGCAUCCUAUAUCGAAAAUUGUUUCUGCAUAUGUUUUCAUUUAAGGCCAUUGUUAAAUUGCUAAGUAAAAGUCCUCCAUUUAAAGGAUAAUAAGCAUGAAUAGUGUUAAGCAGAGUUUCAUAGGUGUGUGGCACUGGGCUGUAACUAUGGUCUUUGGAGUACGUUUCUUUCGUUGUUUCUACGUGACAAAUGCCCUUACACUAAUUUAGUUCUUAGCUAAUUUAUUUAUUUGAACACUGCAUCCUGAAGCCAUAGGUUUUUCCACACGGGUGCCAUAGGUAACGCAUAUGAUCAGACACAAAACAAUGCAAACUGAUGUCUCACAACUAGCUGCAUUCAGUAAGCGAUGGAAAGGUUAAGUCAUAGAGGUAAUUUGAUUUAUAGAGGUUAUGUAGCCUUAAAGGCGCUACACCUUUUU